GUGCUGCUGCUGCUGCUGCUGAUAGCCCGUCCUGAUGGUGGACUGAUCCCGGCCGAAACUCCACCUCCCAGCCCCACAUGAGAAAUGCUCCAGCGGCGUAUGUGAACCGGCGAAGCUCGCGUCGAGGAAGCGGAGAGACAAGAGGCGAGGCUCGUGAGUCUCCGGGCAAAGGGUUUUUAGCGGCGACACGUAGCGGUCAGGAUGUUGCAAGUGUUAGCUUGUGGCGCCGUAGUUUUCCCCGGUUUGUUCUUCGCCUUCAGGAGGAUCCUGCCCAGAGUGUUCACACAUUGGAGCGAUGCCGACGUGGUGCUCGUUAGUGAAAGGCUGGUGUCCUCCAUCCACGCUGUCAUGGCAACCACGGCGGGAAUCAUCGUUGUUUCCUCAUGCCGGGGCAACGUCAUCCACAGCAGGCACUGGCUGGCCACCUACUUCGUCAUCCGGUACGGCGUGCCUUACAUGGCCUACGACCUCCUCGCCAUGUACCUCAGCCACUACCACCGCUUCCGGGUCAAAGGGCAUAAGGAGUACAUGCAGCACUCCCUGCAGACGGUGAACUCCUUUGUGCGCCGCGAGUUGCUGCUGGUGCUGCAUCACAUCGCCCUGCUCACUGUGCUGCUGCCGGUCACGCUGAAAAAGGAACACACCAUUCAAGUAAGGCAGAUGUGCGUUGACCUUCACAAGUCAGGCAAUGGCUACAAGAAAAUAGCCACUCACCUGCACCUGCCCAUAUCUACUGACAGAGGAAUCAUUAACAAGUUUAAAACCACUGGAUCAGUGGUAAACAAGCCUGGACGAGGACGCAAGUGUUAUUUUGCCACCACGCUCAGGAGGGUGGUAAGAGAACUAAAAAAAUGCUCCAAAGCUCACUGUUCAAGAAUUGCAACAAAUGGUAGUAUCUUGGGGUCACAAAGUCUCCAAAACGACCACCAGGUGCUAUCUACAUGACAAAAAUCUGUUUGGGAGGCAUGCACGGAAAAAAACUUUUCUCACUCCCAAUCAUAAAUGCAAAUGUGUGCAGUUUGCUAAGCUUCAAGUGGGACCGUGCGCUUUGGUCAGAUGAGACCAAGAUAGAGCUUUUUGGCAACAAACACUCCAAGUGUGUCUGGCGUAACUCAAAAGAGGAGUAUGCAGAGAAGCACCUCAUGCCCACUGUGAAGUAUGGGGGAGGAUCGGUGAUCCUGUGUGCCUCUUUCUCUUCCAAAGGCACUGGGAACCUUGUUAGGGUGCAUGGCAUCAUGAACGCUUUGAAAUACCAGGAUAUUUUAAAGCAAAAUCUGGUGGCCUCUGCCCAAAGCUGAAGAUGGGUCGUCACUGGGUCUUUCAGCAAGAUAAUGACCCUGAACAUGUGGCCAAAACUACACAGAAAUUGUUCACCAGACACAGAGUCAAGCUCCUACCAUGGCCAUCUCUGUCCCCAGACCUCAACCCCAUUGAAAACCUGUGAAGUGAGCUGAAGAGGAGAGGACCCAGGUCGCUGGAUGAUUUAGAGCAGGGGUGUCAAACUCGUGCCAUGGAGGGCCAAGACACUGCAGGUUUUCUUUCCAGCCAGUCACUAAAGCAGGUGAUUUUAAUGAUCAACACCUUCAGUUUGAGGGAAGGAGCUCAUCAAUUAAAUCACCUGCUGAAGAAACUGGUUGGAGAGAAAACUGGCAGCGUCUCGGCCCUCCAGGGCACGAGUUUGACACAUGUGAUUUAGAGAGAUGGUCGAAGAUCCCUCUUUUUGUAUUCUCCCAUCUUGUGAAACAUUGUAGGAGAAAAUUAGGUGCCAUUUUGUUGGUAAAAGGGGUGCUAGUAAUUGUGGCUCACAUGAUUUGAUGUACUGUAAAAUAAUUAUUUCUUAAUGUGUGAUUUUUUUUUAUUUUCUUAAAAUGCACUUGAAUUAAAGUUUGGAUUUUCCCCUUUUUUUCCAUUGUGGUCCCAUAUUUUUUAGAAAAAAAAAUAUCAGAAGCUAAAGAACACAUCUUAACCAGGGGUGCCAAUAUUUAUGUAGGGCGCUGUAUUUGGCUCUGUUUUGUUUUGUUUUCUUUGUUUUUGAUGUAUUUAGUUUGUAUGAUGUUAAAUUGUUCUUCAUGUUCAAAAUAAAAUAUAAAAAUAUCACGCAAAGCAAAUAUACGAAGGUUUACGAAGAAGUCAGUUGAAAUAUUGGAAAUAUAUUUGGAAAAUUUAGAAAAAACAGCAAAAAGAGCAAACAUCAAUGUAAUACAUACAAAAAAUAUGUGUAUUCACCUAUAUGAUGAUAUGAUGAAUGCAGUUUUUUCUUGAUAUAUAACUUCUUGGCAUAGCUUUACAAAAUAUCAACGUAGCAACGUGGCCACCCCUGAGCUAGGUAGUCAUGCUUGAUGUCGUAAAUUCAUGUCCAUCAUUAGUUUAUGUACACCAUAAAUUGAUAUCAUGGCAACACAAAAGUGUACAAUACAAUUAAACUGCACAUUUUGUCGCACAUUUCAUUGUGGCCAGUCUAAGGCACACCUGUGCAACUAUCAUGCUGUCUAAUCAGCAUCUCGAUUUGCCACACCUUUGAGGCGGAUGGAUUAUGAAUGCUCACCAAUACAGAUUUAGACAGAUGUGUGAACACUGUUUGAGGGAGAUAGUCCUUUUUGGUGUACAUCGAAAAAGUGUUACAUCUUUGAGUUAAGCUCAUGAAAGAAAGAGGGGUGCAAAAACAAAAGUGUUGCGUAUACAUUUUUGCUAUGUGUGUGUAUAUUUAUUAUAUAUUUAUAUAAUAAAUAUACACACAUAAGUAAGUAAUAAGUAAUGUACACAAAUAAGUAAGCUUAUUUAGUGUAUGAACUAACUGCAUGGAGAGUAGCCAUCAGGGCUGUUGGUUUGCAUCUGGACUCUGCAACAAUACCAGAUCACAUUACGCUUACAUUAUUUAGCUGAAGCUGCCGCCCAGUACUGUCUCUUAACUCAUCAUUCUGGCUGCCUGUUGUGCUGCCAGUUAGUUGGGAGAGCUCCUUGUUGUUGCUCUUUUUUUUUUAACUUCCGGUUUCUGUACAGUACUUCCUGUUGUGGCUAUUGUAGAUUUGUAGAUUUAUUUGUAGAAGAAAGACAGGGACAGUGCAUAUUAAUAAAUAUUUUCAUGUAUAUAUUAGUGCUGGGGCCGCACAGUGGCCUAGUGGUUAGCAUGUUGGCCACACAGUCAGGAGAUCGGGAAGAUCUGGGUUUGAAUCUUUGUUGGGCAUGUCGUUGUGCAAUUUGCAUGUUCUCCCUGUGUGUGGGUUUUCUCCGGGUACUCCAGUUUCCUCCCACAUUCCAAAAACAUACAUGUUGUUAGGUUAACUGGCAAUGCUAAAUUGUCCAUAGGUGUGAAUGUGAGCGUGAAUGAUUACUUGUCAAUAUGUGCCCUGCGAUUGGCUGGUGAGCAGUCUAGGGUGUACCCCACUUCUCGCCCAAAGUCAGCCAGGAUAGGCUCCAGCAUAACCCCACGACCCUAAUGAGGAUAAGCGGCAUAGAAGAUGGAUGGAUGGAUGGAUGGAUGGAUAUUAGGGCUGUCAAAGUUAACGCGUUAACAGGAGUUUGCUGUCAAAGUUAACGCGUUAACAGGAGUUUCCUCAUUUCCUCAUUUUUUCGAUGCACAAUUAACUUGCACACGUCCUGUGUGACUCUGGGCCAGAAGUGGAGAAAAAGUAUUGAGCAGAAAUGAGCAAAUAAAAGGGUAUUUUGAAUGCUACGUUUACCUUGACAGCCCUGGCAGAUGCCUCUAUCGACACGACCAAAGUUAUUUGUUUCGCUGUGAGUCGAGUUGUCACGAAGUUUGUCGCUUGGAAUAAGAGAGAAGUUACUGGUGAACUGCAGGUAUUUUUAAAAAUAGUCAUUUAUACAGCGGGACCGUGGCAUACGAGUGUCCUAACAAGUGUUUUUGUAGAUACGAGCAGUCACUUUACGGAUUUUUGCUUUAAACAAGCCGGCGAACGCAAACCAGGGCAAAAUGUUAGCAACAAUUUUUGAUGUUAACCGAAAAACGUGCUAACCGGGGCGGACGUUAACCAAGGUACCACUGUACUUUUUUUUAAAAAACCUUACAAAAACCCUAAGGCUGACCACGCUUGACACUUCACAUCUUAUGGAAUUAAACGAAAAAUCUACACCAAGAGGUUGCCUAGAGUCACAGCUGUUGAUGCAAUGUUUUUGACCCGGCGCUAUUUAGAGACCCCGGCGGUUAUUUGCUUUAGUAGACCACGCACCCGUCAACUGUUAAAUGGAGCAUUUAGCGAUAAAGCUACACAGCAAGUCAAAGUGAAUGGAGAAUCUAUUAUAGUAAGGAUGCUAUACUCUCUAUAGUCCUCUGUAGUUGUGACAUUGUACUGGUUUGGUUUUAGGUGUGGAUUAAAUUGUAAGGAGGAACUGGUGCAACGGAGGGAUCUGACCUGGAAAAACCUAGCAUACCCUUUAAAAGGGAGACAAUAUAAAAAUAGGUGUUUCAUUCUCCUCUUAGCACGUUUUAAGAAGCUUUAAAAAUAUCUUGGACAAAAUGUUCAGGACGUCCGAUCAGUGCAACCUGCUGGGGUAUUGUGGGUUUUAAGGAAGAAUUGGUUCAACUCCGACCUGGAACAAACCCUGCGUCCUCUUAUGAGGGCACGGACGGGAUACCGUAUAAAAAUAGGUGUUUUAUUUUCUCUUUGCGAGAGGAUUCGCUUGUCAUGCAUCGUACUGGCACACAGGUUAACAAGCCAGAUGUGUAUCUAAAUAAAAAAAAAAAAAAAACAGACAGAUGGCAAGCGUCAAACCACAAAUAUCCUUCCCUUCUCAACGGCUGGCAAUUAAUGUCGACGUGUGUGGUUUUACCAGUCUUUUUCUCUCAGGUUUGGACGACGUGUGGUUGGGGGAAGGCAGGGAAGGGUGAUAGGGGAUUGCCUAUCCAGGUAGUUGCGGUGUUAAGUUCCCGUCACAGAUGGCAGAGCCGCUCAUCCUUUAUUCAUCACUGUCGAGCCAACCAGCUUGCGAGCUUUAACCAAGCAAACAGAGCUUUUUGUCCACAGGAGUGUCCAUGUGUCUAGCUUGUCUAUUGUCGGGACGGCGUCUCUAACCACCCUGGUCAAUAUUAGAAAGCUUCAUUCAUUACUAAUGCUUCUGACAUCACUGGGGUUGUGGUGGGGUUUUACAUUUGCACCCUCUUGCUUUUUUUGGUCUAAACCAGGGCUGUCCAUACUUUUUCCAGCGAGGGCCACUAAGUGGAAAACUGAAACAUGCCACUUUGGUAUUUUGUAAAUAUGCUAAGUUAUAUACAGGUAUAUUUCCAGAAAAAAAUGCAUUUGUCAGCUUUGACAUAUAGGUGAAAAGCCUAUUACUACUAUCAACUUCACUCUUUGCUACCCCCCACCCCCAUUUUUGAUGCGCAUGUGUUAAAAUUUUUAUGUAAUUAAUGAAAUAAAUUAGUUACUGCCGUUAACGCGCUAUUUUUGACAGCCCCACUUUUUUCUCUUAAUAUUUAGACUUUAUUCUCUUAA